CCUGAUAAAGAUGAUAAUGCUCCAAUCUGAUGACAAAUGGUAAACCUCUUCCCCCAGGUGGCUCAAUACAUCGGCGAGAUGUGCCGCUACCUGCUGGCGCAACCGGCGCGCGACACGGACGCACAGCACCGCGUGCGCAUCAUGGUCGGCAACGGCAUGCGUCCCGCCAUCUGGCAGCAGAUCGUUGACAGGUUCAAAGUACCGCAGAUAAACGAAAUCUACGGAGCGACGGAGGGCAACGCCAAUAUAAUAAACGUGGACAACACACUGGGCGCGGUGGGCUUCCUGCCGAAGCUGGUGCCGACGUGCCUGCACCCCAUCGCGCUGGUGAAGGCAGAUGAACACGGCGGCCUGCUGCGAGGGCCUGACGGGCUCUGCAUCCGUUGCCUGCCCAAUGAGCCGGGGAUGUUCAUCGGUCUCAUUGCGCAAGGCAACGCUUCCAGGGAGUACCACGGAUACGUCGACAAGACCGACAGCAACAAGAAGCUCGUCCGGGAUGUAUUCCAAAAGGGCGACGCGGCCUUCGUGAGUGGCGACAUCUUGGUAGCCGAUGAGUUAGGCUACCUGUUCUUCCGCGACCGCACGGGCGACACCUACCGCUGGAAGGGAGAAAACGUCGCCACGGCUGAAGUGGAAGACGCUAUGGACCCUGUUCUGGGGCAGAAAGCGUGCGUCGUCUAUGGCGUGUCUAUCCCUCAAACAGAAGGCCGCGCUGGCAUGGCGGCCAUCGCAGAUGCGUCUCGCUCGCUCUCACUGCAACAACUGGCCCGUGAUCUCGACGACUCGCUGCCUUCAUACGCUCGUCCGCUAUUCCUGAGGCUCGUCAAAGACAUUGAGAUCACCAGUGAGUAUAAAAUAGCACUUAUUACAAAGGCCAUAAGUGUAUUAUUGCGGACGAGUCUCGCUCGCUCUCACUGCAACAGCUGGCCCGUGAUCUCGACGACUCACUGCCGUCUUACGCGCGCCCGCUGUUCUUGAGACUCGUCAAGGACAUCGAGAUCACCAGUGAGUAUAAAAUAGCACUU